AUGUUUGCCUUAACUUCAUCACCAAUACCAACUAGUAAUGGAACGAUCUCACACUUGGUUAACUUAACCAAUGUAAAAACUUCCACUCAUAUAUUAUGUGUUCCUGACUAUACGUCCUCAUCAACCACUAGUCAAAACUCUGAUGAGUAUGUUUCAAUUCUGAAAAGAAGUAACAACCGUACUCGUAAAUCUCUCAUUCUUGAUGAAGAUUCCACUUCAAGUUCCAAUGAAGACGAAGGCAAGUCAAGAAUGAGAUCAGUAGACUUGAAAAACACGUUUACCACCUCACACCAAUCUCAAAUCAUUCGGUGCAAUAGAACAAGUGCCAAUCAAAAGAGUUACAUUUGCUAUGAUGAUAUUAAGAAGCAUUUCUUUCUUCCAGAAGGAGAAGCUGCAAAACGUUUGGGGUGCUCCAAGAGUAAGCUCAAAAGAAUCAAGACAAGACUCAAUAUUGAACGUUGGCCAUACAGAAGAAUCCAAUCUCUGUUAAACCAAAAGUCAAGUUCCAACAAGGAAAAUUCAAGGUUGAUUGACUUGGCUGUUGAUUUUGUUUUGAAUUAUCCAAACUUAAUUACCAAAUAUUCCAAUGAUGAUAUUUCUCUUAUUGCCAAACGUUUUGAUAGAGUCAAGAUUAGUAACCUUUUGUAA